UCAGUCCAGCAAUCGCACACAGCAAACUCAUUAGCCUGAAAGGACAAAUUCAUAAAAUGAAGACCCUGAUUGUUCUUGCUCUUGUGGUGGCCGCCGUCUCGGCUCUGCCGCAAUUUGGAAGGCCCGGAUUUGGAGGACCCCGAUAUGGAAGACCCGGAUUUGGAGGACCCGGAUUUGGAGGACCCGGAUUUGGAGGACCUGGAUUCGGGGGACCCGGAUUUGGAGGACCCGGAUUCGGAGGUGGCGGAUUUGGAGGACCCGAAUUCGGAGGAGGCGGAUUUGGAAGACCCGGAUUUGGAGGGCCCGGAUUUGGCGGUGGCGGAUAUGGAGUAGAUCCAUAUGGUGGUGGAUUUGGCGCUUAUCCCUCUGGAUAUGGAAGUUAUCCCGGCUACGGUGGAUUUGGAGGUGGUGGCAGACGUCAUGGCGGUGGUGGCCGUGGCGUUGUAGUUCCCUCAUCCUCGGCCUCAUCCUCAGCCUCAUCGAGUGCCUCUUCAUCGGGUGGAGCUGCCUCCUCCUCCGCAUCUUCGUCGGCCUCUUCCUCAGGCUCGUACGUUUCGGGGUGGAUCACCGAGAGAUCUAUGAAUCUCUUUUCCGACGCGGAACUGAAUAAAAGCCGGGCUCAUCGGUCCAGUGGCCAAGUGUGUGGACAACUCUCGAGGCGGCAACAACUCAACAUGAAACUUUUCAUCGCGCUUUCCGUUCUGGUGGCCGUGGCAUCGGCCCUGCCUCAAUUUGGCGGAGGAAACGCCAACGCCAAUGCUAAUGCCAAUGCCAAUGCCCAAGGAUUUGGCGGCGGUCGUCCAGGCGUAUAUGGCGGUGGACCUGGAUUUGGCGGUGGUGGCCCCGGAUUCGGUGGUGGCCCCGGAUUUGGUGGCCCCGGAUUUGGCGGCGGUCCAGGUGGAUUUCGCGGCCAAGGCGGCCCCGGCUUUGGCGGAUUCGGUGGUGGCCCAGGCGGAUUUAACAGAGGCCCUGCAUAUGGCGGUGGUGGAUUUGGAGGUCGUCCAGGCGGUGGAUUCGGCGGCGGUGGCGGUUCGUCCAGUGCCUCAGCUUCCUCCUCGGCUUCGUCUAGUAAUGGCGGCGGAUUUGGUGGUGGUGGAUCAGCUUCCGCCUCUUCUUCUGCCUCUGCUUCGAGUGGCGGAGGACGCCGCGGUUAAGCCAAGCCAAAAAUUAAUAGGAAUUAAGCGAUAGGAAAUGACUACGAAUUGAAAUUAAUAAAAUAAAAUCAAAAUACUUUUACAA